CGCCCAGUUAACCCGCAGCUCCGGGCCUGUGAGGCGGGGCUGGCUGGGGUCAGCCUGAGGCAGGGCCAAGCGGAUCCCCACUCGGGCUGGAGCUGCUCCACAGGAGCCCACCGCUGCCAGCCCUGUGGGAGGAGCGCGUGGGGACCGACUGCGGACUCUGGUACAGGUGCUGGCUCUGCCCUGACCAUGCCUGUGACCUUUGCCCUCUUGCUCCUCCUGGGCCAGGCCACCUCAGAUCCAUGCUACGAUCCUGGGGGCCACCCCCGCUUCUGCCUCCCGCCGGUGACCCGCCUGGCAGGUGCUGUAGCGGCCUCCUGCCCUCAGGCCUGUGGCCUCUCCCAGGGCAUGGGCCCUGACCCCGGGGCUACCUGCAAUGGCAGCCUGACCCUGGACCUGGACAGCCCCUUCCUCCUGUCGUCUGUCAGCCUGCGCUUCUGCAGCCCAGGGCCCCCAGCCCUUGUUCUGUCUGCUGCCCGGGCUGCUGGGGGUCCUUGGAGGCCUCUGUGGCACAGAGCGGCCUGGCCCGGAGCCUCGGGGGGCCCCGAGAAGGUGACCUUCCGCUCCCCAGCAGGCCCUAAGGCCCAGGUGGUGGCACACCAGCUCCGGGUGGAGUUUGGGGCCUGGGUAGGGCUGGCAGCAGCUGGGGUGAGAGGCCGCUGCCAGUGUCAUGGCCACGCCGCCCGCUGCGCCGCCCGUGCCCGGCCACCUCGCUGCCGCUGCCGCCACCACACCACUGGCCCAGGGUGCGAGAGCUGCCGCCCGUCCCAUCGAGACUGGCCCUGGCGGCCUGCCACGCCCCAGCACCCCCAUCCUUGUCUGCCCUGCUCCUGCAACCAGCACGCCCGCCGCUGCCGCUUCAACUCUGAGCUGUUCAGGCUGUCAGGGGGCCGAAGUGGGGGUGUGUGUGAGCGGUGCCGCCACCACACUGCAGGACGACACUGCCACUACUGCCAGCCUGGGUUCUGGAGGGACCCCAGCCAGCCCAUCACCAGCCGCAAGGCUUGCAGGGCCUGCCAGUGCCACCCUAUUGGGGCAACAGGAGGUACCUGCAACCAGACCAGUGGGCAGUGCUCCUGCAAGUUAGGGGUCACAGGCCUGACGUGCAAUCGCUGUGGGCUGGGAUACCAGCAGAGCCGCUCCCCCAGGAUGCCCUGCCAGCGAAUUCCAGAGGCCACAACCCCUCUUGCCACUACCCGUGGUAUUUCCAGCUCUGACCCUCAGUGUCAAAACUACUGCAACGUCUCGGACACCAGGGUCCACAUGAGCCUUCGGAGGUACUGCCAGCAGGACUACGUUCUGCGCGCGCAGGUGCUGGCGUCCGAGGCUGCGGGCUCGGCAUGGCGGCGGCUGGCCGUGCGCGUGCUGGCUGUGUACAAGCAGCGGGCCCGACCCGUGCGCCGCGGCGACCAAGACGCCUGGGUGCCCCGCGCUGACCUGGCCUGCGGCUGCCUGCGCCUGCGCCCUGGAACGGACUACCUGCUGCUGGGCAGCCCGGCCGGCGACUUGGACCCCGCGCGCCUCGUCCUCGACCGCCACGGCCUCGCGCUGCCCUGGAGGCCGCGCUGGGCCCGACCACUGCGGAGGCUGCAGCAGGAGGAGCGCAACGGAGGCUGCCAUGGCCUGAAACCCUCCACACCGAGCCCCAAGCUAGACACUAAUCUGGGCUGGAGCCGCCUCAGAAGCCACUGAAGGAACUCAGAGGUGAUGGGGCGCGAACCCUGUACCUCGAUGUGCGUCCUCAAGGAGCCAAUCAGAAGCUGUGGCGCCCGGACAUCACUCCGCAUGCGCCAGCAUUGCGCGGGCUGAGCAACUUUUAGCAAAAGGCGACAAACUGGAAGCGGGACUUUUGGAGCCCCAGCAGCACCUCUUUGGCCUGUGACCCAAGCAGUUCUUGCCCACAAUAAAGUUAAAUCUCGAGGAA